CACUCGUACGUACGCGUGCGCACAGUGGUUAGCCAGCAGGCUAACUAACGUUCUCCGCUUCCCAACCGGCGGCGCUGUCGUGUUUAAACGGCGUUUUCUCGGUGUUGUUAUGUGAAGACGUGACUCGUUAAAUAACGGAAUAUUAUCUGCAUCUCUCCCUCGGCUGACCGGGAGCCGCCAUGGAAUGCCGCGUUCUGUCCAUACAGAGCCAUGUAGUCCGGGGAUAUGUGGGCAACAAGAGCGCCUCUUUCCCGUUACAGCUUUUAGGGUUUGAGGUGGACUCGAUCAACUCCGUCCAGUUCUCCAACCAUACAGGCUAUUCUCAUUGGAAAGGCCAGGUGUUGACAGCAGAUGAGCUACACGUUCUUUACGAGGGGAUCAAACUGAACAACGUGCACCACUAUGACUAUGUUUUAACAGGGUAUACCAGAGACACAUCCUUCUUGGAGAUGGUGGUGGACAUUGUUCAGGAGCUAAAGAGAGCCAACCCCAACCUGGUGUACGUAUGUGACCCCGUCCUUGGAGAUCAUGGAUCUAUGUAUGUUCCUCAGAAUCUUUAUCCGGUCUAUAAGAACAAGGUGGUUCCUGUUGCUGAUAUUAUUACUCCUAACCAGUUUGAGGCUGAAUUGUUGACGGGGAAAAACAUCAGCACCGAGAAAGACGCUGUCGAGGUAAUGGACCUUCUCCACGCGAUGGGCCCAGAUACAGUGGUCAUUACAUCCUCUGACCUUCCCUCUAGACUGGGAGACCGCUUCCUUGUGUCAUUAGGCAGCCAGCGCCAUGUUCGUCCAGAUGGCAGCAGGACAACAGAGAGAGUGCGAUUAGAAGUUCCCAAAGUGGAUGCUGUCUUCGUAGGAACGGGAGAUUUGUUUGCUGCUAUGUUGCUAGCGUGGACGCAUCACUACCCCAAUGACCUAAAGACGGCCUGCGAGAAGACUUUUUCAGUGAUGCACCACGUUAUCCAGAGGACCAUAUCUUACGCUCACGAGUUAGCAGGUCCCGGUCGGCGGCCCAGUCCGCCCCAGCUGGAGCUGAGGAUGGUCCAAAGUAAAGCUGACAUAGAAGACCCUGCUAUAGUUACUGAGGCCACGGUCAUAUCCUAACAUUGCCCACCAUAAGACUCAUACUAACCUCUUCACCCAUAAAUCUCUCGGCUCCUGUAUCUCGGUAAAUCUCUCAUCACUGUAAACCUUGACUGUCAUUGCCUAGCUUCAACAAAUCAUCCAGACUCCUUAAACACCUUAGUAUUGUAAUCCCUUUAGUCCUUUAACCCUUUGAAGUCCUUAGUGUCCUAACCUAACCCCUAACCCUGUUCUGGAACCAGAGCCAUGGACAGACAGAAAGUUUGGUCAGGGUAUUCGAGAGGACUUUGCAACAGCUCUUUAGAAAUUUGUUGGGCUCUCCAGAUGACUCAGAUAUUGAACUUCCACAAGCACGAUGCAUGAAAGGUCAUAUGUUAAGGUUAAUGAGAGUGAUGAGUGUUUUGGGAGAAAAAAAACCCGGUCAGUGUUCAGUCAUCAGCUCAACAGUGGAAUUGAUUUGGAUCUGGGAAACUUAAGAUUUGGGCAAAGCGUGAAACCGAACGGGGGAGACUUUGUCCGUGGGUGCUGUUAGGAUAAAUUAUUAAUCUUACCUCUGGUUUGAAUUCUCAUUUAAACUCGUUUUAAAUUUUGUAAGAACUAUUAGGAAGUCUUAUCAUAAAAUAGGAGAUCUUCAUGUUUGACUUAGGCUGAAAAGCUGUUUGCUGCUGCCAUCUCUGGUUCAGAGUCUCUGUGGUUUCCCUCCAGUGUGGUCUGAUGUGCUUUGUUGCCCCUGUAGCCACACUGAGCAGGGAUGUGAUGCACACCACAGUAUACACCCACGGCACAAGAUCUGAGAGGUCUGUCCACAGUGACCCAGCUGCUGAGUAACUAAAUAACAGGGUUUCCCACAGUGUUCGUGGCGAUGUGUGUGCACACAUGAAAGGAGCUGCACCCAUGCUUUCUUUAAAAAAAAAAAAAUCAUAAGGAAUAUAUAAUUUUUUAUAAUAAAUAAUGGAGCAAUAAUCAGCUGCAUCUGCAAUUAGCUUCUUGACUGAUGGCCCACAUUUAUCCUUGUUCUGCUCUGCAGCCUCAGUGAGCUCAGCGUAGGGGCGGUGGAACCAGUUCUUCACCUGCUGCAGAGUCUUAUUUAUUUAUUGAAAAUUAUUUAACCAGGAAGUGAUGUGAGCGUAUACUAGGACUAGAUGGGUAACAUAACCAUACCCCAACAAGGAAAGAACAUGUAGACUCCACAUGGAAGCAUCCUGCCUGCAUUCAACCCCAGGUCCCUCUUGCUGUGAGGAAACAGUGCUGCCAAGGAUAUGGUGGGCCUCCAGCUUUGCAGCAGGUUUCCAGAGCACAACAAGAACUACUGUCAACAGCUGACGUUGAUUAUGUGCGACUCUGGGACGAGGUCUUUUUUGUGAAUGCGGCUGAAUGAUAUCGUGGAACGCCAACCUGGCGAGUAAGUCAGUUGGUAGAGGUGAGAAAAGACUUAAAGGGCCAAGGUUAGCAGUGACUUACCUUUCAUCAAAAGAGCGAUGCAGUUGUCCACAGAUAAAAAUUUAAAAAAUGAGUUGCUAAUUAACUGGGCAGGCCACCCAACUAAAGUCUAUUUGUGGGAACCACUGAACAAGUUCUCCAAAACGCUACCUCAAAAUUCUUAAACUUGCCUACUUUAUUGCUCUAUUACUGCCACCCUGUUAACCUGGCAUAUUCUGUUUAUUUCUGACAGUGUUGCACUCUAGAAGUGGUUCUCCACACCUGAUGCCAAGUUGCAAGGCUCUAUAGAUCAAACGCUGUUUUUCUAUGGCUCUGCCCACCACUCUUUUAAUCCCUUCCCCGUCUUACAGCAGUGAUGUAAUGGUGACCAAGUUUAACCCCUGAGACCCCUUGAAAAAUAAUAGAAAAAUCAACAAAAAAAAAAAACCGCACAAUGUAUAGCUGUUGUACUAUAACUGUAUUGGACCAUCUGUAUGAUAUCUUCUAUCUGAUCUGUCUAUUGGACCAUUGUGUUGAUGCUACUGUACUAUAGACUACACGCACUACAAUAUCACUCAAACAGGAGACGUCCGGGCUGGUUGUGGCACUCGCAGACGCUUCAGUGGCUCCAGCUGUUGUCACCUGAUAGUAAUUGUCUAAUAAUCAUAGUGUAUAGUUGAACCUCUUUCAUCUUAGCACAACUUAAAAAAAAAAAAA